AUGGGCAAGGUGGAGGAGGCCAUUGGUGCUGCUAUGAAGGCGCAGGAGCUCUUCAAGCAGUGCGGUGGAGCCCGAGACGGCAGCGAGGCCGCGAACGAGCUGGUGAAGCUCCUCGGGGAGACGUACAAGACGCUGCAGGCGCGAGAGGAGUGGUACACCCUGGAGACCCUCGAGUACAGAGGACCAGACCACGUCGAGGGCGCCGUCUCGCCCGUGACGUACGCCAAGCUCAUCGGGCGGCAGUUCCGGGUCCCCGACAGCCCAGUGGAGAUCGCGUUUGACAUGCCGAGCAUGGAGUGGAUGGGAAUCACACUGGGCGUCAACAUGCCGUUCCUCAGGAGUCCCUGCAUCCCCGCAUGGCUUGCCGAGACCCCUGAGUUCGGACAGGCCCUUGAGGAGGUGAUUGCUACCAUCCCCGCCGCCUGGGACGAGUGGACCCGUUUGGAUGACUGCCCAGGCCACCCGCUGCACCGACAGGCGGCUGCCACCAGACCCAUCUGCCUGGGCAACUCGGAUGUUAAGAUCCUAGCCGCCGCCUGCGUCAUGCCCAUUGCCGCGAACUCUGCUAACCUGAUGGGGGAGGAACAGAAGUGCGUCAGCGGGAGGGACAUGAUUGAGAACGUGGUGAGGGCGGAGGCUUGGGGGGUGGAGAAAUACAUGACGGCAUCUUCAGACGCGGCGUUACUGUUGACUGACUUCGCGUCAGCGUUUCCUAGCUUGGCGCAGGAGUGGCUUUUCUUCGUGCUUGAGGCCAUGGGCAUUCCUUCCUCGCUCGUCCACUUCUUCCGAAUGACGUACUCCGAUAACACCGUCUCCCUCUCCGCCACCUACCUUGGCUUCCCGAUCGGCCCCGAGGGCGCCGCGCAGGUCAUGUGCGUUAGCAAGCUCCUGUUCAGGCUUCAGCUCUACCCGCCCUCCCAGGAGCUGGCGUCCGCCUACCGCAACGGAGUGCCCCUCCUCACCUCGGGGCCCAGGAACGCCAUCUCCUACAACGUCACCACGAAACUUACCCGCAUCGGAUUCGCCACUGAAUUCCUGGAGCUCGACGCGCGCGGACUGCUCGACCAAGGAGUCUCGACCGCCUUGCGCAGGGACCCCAAGAAGCCUUGA